AUGGCGGAGAUGAUGGUCCGGAUACUGACUAUCACAUUGGCCAGUUCCACAGCGCUUGUACUCAGCAACCCCAUUUCGAGUCAAAGGAGUUCAAAAAAGCCCACAGAUCUCAGCGAUACAAGACGAUCACUGUUACAAGAUUUUGAAGCCCUCGGAGCAUGGUUCGACAGCGUGGCAGCGAUCAACACGACCACACAUCCUACCCCAUUGGAGAAGAAUGCGACGAUUGCGAUCGUUGGUGCUGGAAUUUCAGGCCUCGCCACAGCACUGAUGCUUGAUAGCGUUGGCGUGCAUAACUGGGAAAUCAUCGAGGCAAGCGAUCGGGUUGGCGGAAGAUUUCGCACAAAAUACGUUGGUGGCACGCAAGAGUGGGCGGAGAUGGGACCUAUGCGCCUUCCUCACUCUAUAACGUAUAAAGACGGAGAAACUGUCGAAUACAGCGAUCACCAGAUGGUAUUGCAAUUGGCUGAUAUGUUGAACGAGAUGAAUGGGAACGAUCCGCAAUUCAAAAUCGAGUUCAUCCCGUGGAUCCAACACCAUGUUAACGAGAUACUCGGGCUGGGAACGGGCAGACAUCCCGAUGGACGACUCCCAACACGAGCGGAAAUUGAAGCAAACUCGACUCUCGGGCGACCAGCACCACUAGAUACGCAAGAAUACAAGGAAACGAAGCAGCGCAUGAACGAGCUGUUGAAAUCGAAAGAAAGGCUCAAGGCUGUACAGCGCGACGUGUGGCGCGAACACAAGAAGGCCAUGGAUCAAGGUCUCGACGACUGGAGCGAACAGGCGAUGAUGCGCCACGUCUUUGGCGCAAGUGAAAACGUUACAGAUGCAAUCUGGACAGCGAGCGACUACGACGUCUUCUGGGAUGAGCUAGUGCACAACUCCAACCUUGCGCAGGAUGGUGGAACGGAUGCACUAGGCAAGACUGAGUGGAGAUGCGUGGAUGGAGGCUUCAAUAGGCUGUCUGAUGCCUUCCUGCCACAUAUCAGUGACCGUCUAAUCCUCAACCGCAAGGUUAGAAAACCGGAGGCCCUCGAGGAUGACAAAAGUAGCACGAGACUAUCGUGGUACCCCAGUGCCAGCAACAGAACAUACGAGUCAAAAGAAUACGACUACACAAUCAUGGCAGUACCUUUCACCAUGACCCGCUUCAUGUCGCUUCCAAAGUUCUCCUCGGUACUCAAUCGCACCAUUAGCGAAGCAGGCCUCCGUUUCAAGUCUGCCUGCAAAGUCGCACUACUCUUUUCAGAACGCUUCUGGGAGGGGGACGACCGUCCGAUCUUUGGCGGAUACUCGACGCCCCCUAGCGCGGCCGUGGGCGCUCUCUACUAUCCAGUCUAUGGCCUCAAUGAGUCGCGACCAGGCCUGAUCCUGCAUUAUCGGGGUGGCCACUGGAGUGAAGAAUUCGCAAGUUUCUCCGACGAAGAGUACGUGCAAACUGUGUUAGAUGCCGUUGUCAGUGUACAUAGUGAAAAGGCUAAAGACCUGUACACGGGCGACUAUGAGAAGCUAUGUUGGCUAGAGGAUGAGCAUACGGGAACAGCAUGGUGCCGACCGGAUGUGAUGCAGCACAAAUUGUAUAUUCCGGCAUACCAUCAGACCGAGCAUAAUACCAUCUUCAUUGGUGAGCAUACAGCGCCGACUCAUGCAUGGAUCAGUUCGUCGCUGCAUUCCGCUGUCAGGGGUUCGGUGCAACUGCUGCUUGAGCUGGAUCUGGUGGACGAGGCGAAGAAGGUGAAUGAGGAGUGGAUGGGCGGGUGGAUACAGAAGUGA